AUGCAAGUAAUCAACAAGCAAUUAUUCAUCAUAUUUCUUUUCAUUAUUUAUUCAUCAUGUUUGUACAGUUUAAUAGAACAUCAUAAAACAUGUAUCGGUAAAUCAUUAACAUACCGUGAUAUUGAAAAACAUUUUAAUUCAUCAUCAAAUCUAUUCUUUUUAUUUGGUAUAAAUAUUCAUCGACCAUUUCUAAAUGAAUAUGAUCAAACACAUGCUGAUGCAAACAUAUUUAUUAUAGUUAUUUGUAAAAGUAAUUCAUCUGAUUGUAUUUUACAAAGUGGAUCAUUACCAGUUGAAUAUAAACUUGAAUUUAGUAUUGAUGGUGUACCAUAUAGUGAUAAACAUUCAAAAAUUGAUCGUCUAUGGCAUCGAACAAAAUUGAUUAAUUAUGAAUUUCUUUAUGAACCAUAUAAUUCUCAUUCAUGUUAUGAUAAACCAGAGAAUGAGAAAGGUUCAAUUUGGAAAAAUUUUAUUAUGAAUAUGGAUUCAAAUGAAGAUGAAAAUAUUUAUUCAAAAUGGGUUGAAUUUGAUAUAGAAAUUAGUGAUGCUGGAGUUCAGUUUAUUGAAGGACAACAAUUAUAUAAUAAUACUGUUGUUCAACAAUUUACAUUAUACUUUUUUGUACCAACAUUUCAAUGUUUACAACCACCAUUAAUUUAUUUUGAUGGUUUUAUUUCUAGUAAAAUUUAUCUAUCAGCUUUUCAUUUUCAAUUAAUAUCACAUAAAUGUGAUUUACAUAAAUAUACAUGUUAUUUACAAAUGACAAAAGUACGAAUAGAUAAAUUGAGUUUAACAAAUAUGACAUUUUAUGAAAGUGAUACACUUAAUAUAAGUAUUAAUAAUCCAUUAUUUUUUUCUCAACGAAUUUCAUAUGAACAAAGUAUAAAACCAACUAAUUUUAUUGAUCGUAUUUAUGAAAAAGUGACCAUUGAAAAUAAUAUUUCAUUAUCUGAUAAUGAAUUUUAUCGUAAUGCAACAUGUAUUAAUAAAAAUGUAAUAACAUCAAGACAAUAUAUUUUAUGUACACAUGAUUAUUUCAAAAAUGAAUCCAUAAUAACAACAUUUCGAAUAGAUAUUAUUUUAUGUAGAUAUUCUAGAACAAAUACUAAUCAAUGUAUCUUUACUUUGUAUCAACAUGUAUUAGACGAACAUUUACGUUUAUUCAUACCAAUUAAAGGUGAUAAUAUAACAUUUGUUGGAUUUAUACGUCUUUCAACAGUCUUACCAAAUAAUGAAUGGACUAAUCAUCUUAAUGAACACUAUGAUAAAAUAUAUGCAAAUCAUCUAACAAAUAUGUAUGAUCAUAUGAUUGAAAUUAAAUCGAAUAUUAAUAGUCAAAAUUCCAUUAUUCGUUAUUAUCAAAUUAUAACUGAUCAAAAUCGUCUAUGUCAUCUCAUAUGUCGAAAUAAUUGUGUACAACAAUCACCAAAUCAUACAGAUUAUUAUAUAUCAACAUCAAAUAUUGAAUUAAUAUUAUAUUGUGUUAAAUGUAAUUUUAAUGAAACUUAUAAUAAAUUAAAUCAUUCAAUUGUUUAUUCUUACAUAAAAUUAUCACGCGAUGUUGCAUUAUUUAGAAUUCAAAUUACUAAUAGAGUUCCACCAAUAUCUUUCAAUUGUAUUAAUAAUCAAAAUAAAAGAUUAAUAGUCAAAGCAAAAUUUCAUUUAAUUAAUCAUACUCGAACAUUUUCUUGUUCAAUUAAUCCAAUGAUAAUUUAUCCAUAUCAUGAUGAAAUUAUUCUUGAAUGCAAUAAUUUUAGUACACGUGCAGAUAUUAUUAUUUGGGCUAUAACUAAAUUAAAUCAUGAAGAAGUUCGUAUUUUACUUAAUCCAUUAUAUGUUACUAAUGAAAUAUUUAAUUCAAAAAUUCGAAUGAAAAUUAAUGGUAUUCCACAUGGUAAUCAAGUCAUAUUAGAAAUAUCCUCAUCAUUAUUUGGAAUAAUUGAACGUUACGAAUUAUUGAUGAUGAAUCUAACUCAUAAAUUACUUAUAAAAAUGAAUAUAGCUUUAGAAUGGAAUUAUUUUUCUAGUGCAUUUCAAUUAAUGGAUCAUUAUUUAAAAAUCUAUGAAGAUGAUUUUUAUCUGUUAAAAAAUGGAACUAAUCCACGUUUCUAUUUAGUUGGUCUUAAUCAAACAUCAUAUUUAAUUAGUGUAAUUAAUUAUUAUCGUUUAGUUUUAAAUUAUAUUGAUAAAGAAUUACUUUAUAUCAAAGCAAUAGAUUUUUCACAAAAAAUCUAUUCAACUAUUUCAACACAUUUAUUCAAAUAUCAAAUCUUCUAUCCGGAACCAGACAAUGUUUAUCUCAAUGAUUAUUUGUCUUUGUUAGUUCAAUUAUCUUCACGACCUAAAAUCAUCACUUAUCAAACAUAUCAUCUAUUUCGACAUCUAAUGAAAUUUAUGUCCAUUUCUUUGCCUAACACAUCACCUUCAUUUCUUAGAAAAUUAUUUGAUCUCUGUAUAAAUUUACGUAUAUAUGUCACUGAUCCAAAAUCAAUACCAAUAUCAACCAUAAUUGAUACAAAAAGUUUAUUUGAAUUUAAUCAAAUAAUUAGUCGAAUUCUCACUAUGAUUCAUACUGAAUUAACAUUAAAUGGAUAUUCUGAUAGACGAAUGCAACAAAUCGAUAAUGGUCCACUUGAUUUUAUUCUUAAUAUGACAACACCAUAUAUUACAAAACGAUGGCUUCUAAAAUUUGAUCCAUUAAAUAUAAUGACAAAUCCUUUGGGUAUAUUAUAUUAUCCUCAAGAAUAUAUACCAGUUUAUCUUAAAACUUCUAAAAUAAUAUCUGAAGAUUAUCUUCUUGGUCAAUUAUUAUCAAUUGAAUCAAAUAAUAUAAAUAAUUUAACAUUAAAUUAUUCAUCAUAUAUAUCAUUUUCACUUGAACAAACAUAUUUAAAUAUAUCGAAUAUGUUACAAAAAUAUUUUUCAAAAAUCUUAUUAAUUCAUAUUAAAAAAGAUUAUUAUACACAUAAAUUUUCAUUUCAAAUGAAUACAACAAAAUUAGCUCGUAAUAUUUCAUUAAUUUUUUUUGAUUUACCAAAUUCUCAAAAAUAUCUAUUUACAAUAUAUAUAGCUUAUAAUAAUUCAUGUUUAAAAUCAAAAAUAAUUAAUGAUAAAUAUCUUAAAUAUAUAAUUAAUAUUGAUUUAUGGCAAAAUAAUUAUUUUGUUUAUUCAAUACCGAUUAAAUCAAUGUCAAUUGUAUGUGCACAAGUUGAAGUUACAUCAAAAGAUGUAUCUAUUCGAAAUUUAAAACGAACAGGAUAUUUUCUUGUUGUUGAAACAGGUUGUUAUGCAUUUAAUAGAAAUAUUAGUGAAGAUUAUUAUACAAAGUUACAAGAUGAUAAAUGUCAAUUGAUUAAUGAAAAUAAAAGCUUAUUAAAUGGUCAUUUAUUAUUACCAAAUGCUCAUGUAACAUGUUAUUGUCAUACACAUACAACAAAAUACUUUGUUUUAUGUCAACCAAAACCAAUUCUUGUUGAAUUCGAAUUAAAUGCUCAAACUUGGCUUCAUUUUUACAUUUAUCUUUCUUUAUUACUAUUUAUAUUUCUUAUUCUUGGUCUAUAUGCUAUUUAUAAAGAUACAUUAGAUGAUUAUAAACCUUUUAUAUAUUUUAUUGCUGAUAAUCAAGUAGCUGCUGUUAAUGUUCAUCUUUAUCAAUUAACGAUAUUCACUGGUCUUCAACAAUCAACAUCAAAAGAUUUUAAAAUUUACAUUCGUUUAAUUGGUGAAAAAUGUCAUGAUGAAUUACAUUGUUUAAAUUUAAAUUUAUCAAAUGUAUUUCAACGUGGAAGUGUUAAUCAAUUUUUAAUUACUAGUUUUAUCGAUAUAGGUCGAAUUGUUGCAUUGAAUAUGUGGCAUGAUGAAAUAAAUAUUAAAUCUGAUUAUUAUAUACGUCAUUGUAUAUUAUAUGAUUAUAAUUAUUAUCGAACAUAUUAUUUUUGUUGUUAUACAUGGUUAUCAUUACGAAAAGGUUUUAAUAUGAUUAAUGAAAUAUUUUAUGUUGCACAAGAAGUUGAUCAAUAUGCAUUUGGUCAUUUAUUUCUUUCAACAUAUUCAUGGCUUUAUUAUCAUUAUCAUUUAUUAAAUUCAAUAUUUAAUAAACAAAAAAUAAAUACAUUAUCAAGAAUAUAUCGUUUACAUAUUUAUUUUUGUUUAAUUAUAAUUCAACUUUAUUUUAUUCAAAUUCUUAUUAUAUCAUGUCGAAAUAUCGUGAUGAAUCAAAGAUGUGCUUAUAUAUUUCCAUCAUUUUUAUUUUUAGUUGAUCAAUCAUUUGUUGCAACUGAUUGGAUGGAAAUCUAUCAGAUCAUUCGUCUCAAUUUAUUUCCAUCACUUUUCAUUGCGCUAUUUCUCAGUUCACUUAUUGGUAUUCUUACACCAAUAUUUGUAUGGGGUUUAACAUGUUUAACAAAUCGUAUUGAACUCUAUCGUCAAUUAUCAACAGCUACAAGACGUUAUGAAAAUUUUAAUAAUUUCCAUGCAAUCAUAUAUACAAUGGCAUCAAGUAUAUCGGAUUUAAAUUCAUAUCGUCAAGAUAUAGAACAAUUUAAAUAUAUGCAUAAAUUUGAUUUACAACAUCGUUUUAGUAUUAGUACAUUAGGAGAAAAUGAUGAAACUAGUUCACAAUCAGAUAGUCAAAUUGAAUCAAAUAAUAAUUCUUAUGAUAGUCAACAAUAUAAAUCAAAUUUAAAUCUUAAUUCAUAUUCUUCAAUGAAAACAAAUCGACAAUUCGAAAUAAAUAAAAUACAAACACCAAUCGCUUUAAAAAAUCGUUCAAUUUCAAUCUCUCAACCAAAUAAUAAAUUUUCACAACAAAAUCAAUCACUCGAUGAUGAUGAAGUUUCAUUAUCAACUGAAAGUUCUCAAUCGAGUAUACAACAACAAAACAUCAACAUACCAACAAUUAAAUUAAGAAUUCAUUGGCCAAAAAAAUCUAAUCAACCAACAUUUAAUAUGUAUAUUUUCUAUUUAUUUAUUUUCUAUAGUAUAUCGAUUAUUCUUGGUAUAGUAUCGAUUGUAUCUAUGUAUUUAACAAUGAAAACAUUUACAGAAAUAGAAAAUUAUUUUUUAACAUCAGCAAUUAUAUUUAUACAUAUAUUAACGAUAUUAUUUACAUUAGUUUUUGAAAUAAUUGUUAUAUUAAUUAUAUCAUUACUUAAUGCAACAUUUUUUCAUAUAACAGAUGAAGAUAAAUUUAUUUCAUCUGUUGUUCAAAUUCCAAUUGUAUCUAUGAUUGAUAUUAAACAACAUCCAUUAAAUCAUACAUUUACACUUAAUCGAGAUAUUACAUUAACUGAUGUACAAUUACGUGAACGUAUUCGUGAACGUUUUCUUGAAUCAUCAAUUAUUCGUGCUGUUAGAGAUGUUAUUGGUUAUAUUGUAUUUAUGGUUAUUAUUAUUAUGGUCUUUGCUAAUACAUCAGAAAAUAUUGAAACACGUUUAACAAUGAGACAAUACACAUUACAAUUACUUCUUCGUGAAGAUAUUUUUCAAAAUAUUGAUCAUAUACCGGACACUAUGGAUUGGAUUAGUUACUUUAUUGAAAAUCGUCUUUUUCUUGAACAUAAAAAUUAUUUUUGUCAAAAAGAUACAUGUAAUUAUGUUCAAAUUCCUGAUUCUCCAUUAUAUUUAAGUAAAAGUAUUCGUAUACGUCAAAUUCGUGUUGAACGUAAAAAUUGUCAUGAAAAAAUAACUCAUCUAUUCUAUCCUUUAAUACCACCAAGUUGUUUUGUUGGUGGAAAAAAUUUAAUGAAUGAUAAAAAAUUUGUGAUUGGUGGUCAACGAAAAUGUUCCGGUUGGGAAGAACCUUUAAUAUCAAAUAAUUUAUGUAAAGAUAUGUGUAAUUAUACAUCAAUAUGGUCAGCAUUACCUUAUAAAAAAAUAACCAAAUUUUAUACAACAUAUGAAUCACCAUGGUAUUAUAUGUUUCAUUUAUUACCAAAAGAAACAGUUGAACGUUGUAAUCGUAAAAGAAAAUAUUAUGAUUUGAAUAAAUAUAAUUGGUUAGAUGAAAAAACUUUAGUUUUAAUGAUUGAAGGAAAUUUGUAUUCUCCUCAAACAUCAUCAAUGAUUUCGUUUGUUUUAAUUAUUGAAAAAAAUCAAUAUGGAAUGAUUGAAAAAGAUAUUUUUAUUGAAGUAUCUGAUUAUAUAUUAGCAACAAUUGAUGAUAAUACAUUACAACAGAAUGAUACUGAACAAAUAUCAACAAAUGAAAGCGAUACUGAAAAACAAUUUGUUAUGACUAAUUCCUUAUUUGCUGUUUUAGUAUUUGUAAUUUUUACAACAAAAUUAUUCGAUCUAGCAAAAUUUACAAGAAAUUUUGGUUUUUAUGGUUUUGUUUUUUUUCUUCGUACAUUAUCAAAUAUAAUUGAUGGUAUAUUAUUAAUACUUUGUUGUUAUUAUUUUUUAUUAGUUUAUUUUGAUCAAAAUGUACUUCAAUUAAAUAAUCUAAUACAAUCAUUAAAUAUUCAUCAUUUAUUUGUAUCAUUUCGUGUAUUAAUUAUAAAUAAUACAAUAUUAAAUCAUUUAAUUGGUUUAAUAUGUUUAUUUGCUAUAUUUAAAUUACUUUAUUUACUUAAAUUUAAUCCAAAAACAUAUUUACUUGCUGAAACAAUGUAUAAAUCAGCUGAAGGUUUUAUUUUAAUAUUAUGUUUUGCAUUUUUAAAUUAUUUUAUAUUUACAUUAAUUGGUCGUUUAUUUUUUUCAAAUGAAGAAAAUUUUAAAACAUUUUUUGUUGCUUUUCGUGUUGUUUUAAUAUCAUCAAUAAAAGAUGCAGCAUCAACAGAUAAUGUUAUAUUAGGUACAAUAUCAAGAACAUUAUGGCAAUUUUUUCUUUGGGUUUUUUCUGCAAAAAUUAUUGAAUAUUUUUUAAUAUCAUUUGUUGUACAAAAAUUUUCAAAUAUUAGAAAAACACAUCAAUUAACAGAUGAAGAAAGAAUUGUUGGAAGAAUAUUUCAAACAUUUUGGACUUAUUUCGCUUUUAAUAAAAAAUAA